AUGGCAGCCACUGAGAUUACUUCCGAGCAAUUCACCAAAAUCAAAGAGCUGGAGUUGAUGCGGGAAAAUGGCCUGGAGAAGGAGGAGGAGGAAGAUGGAGUGUGCAGAGUGAAGGAGCGUGGGACCCCUGGUGAGCUGGAGGCUGAGUGUGCCUAUGGGGCCCUCCAGGCCAAGGUCAUGGAAGGAGAGCUGGAGCUGGUGCCGGUCACCUCGGAGGAGAGCAGGAGGCAUAUGCUGUCCCUGCAGACAGUCGACCUCACUUCUGCAGAUGUGGAGCUGCAGGACAUUGGCUGGCUGAGCACACAGCAGCAGGAGGGGGUGCAGGUGGUGGUGCAGCAGGCAGGGAGCGGGCUGCCGUGGCUGCUGUUCCUGGGCGAGGGGCCCCAGCAGCUCAUGCAGCAGUGUGUGGCCCUUCCUAUCCAGGAAGUGGAGGUGGUGCAGUGUCACCUUCUGGAGGAGGAGCUGAUGGUGGCCAGCGAUGACAGUGAGUUAGUGGUGAACCUGGCUGAAAGCACUGGAUUGAUUGAGCUUGAGAAAGGUCAGGAGGAGGACCAGCUGUUGGCUGAAGGAGGAUUUGCUGAGAGAACCGAAGAGCAGGCAGCGAAGCCCGGAGAGGAAGGAAGAGACAAUAUUGUUCCAACAAUUUCAAAUUUAAACAUGGAAGAACAAGAAGAUAAACUUACAUCUGAGCAAGAAAAUGUUGAAAAAGCCAAUUCUACAGAAAAUCGAAGAAAGACAAAGGGAGCAAAACAAACCUACCACUGCGAUAGCUGUGUGUUCACCUCUCCUAAAAUGUCAAGUCUUAAUCACCAUGUGAAAACUCACACCACCAAGAAGCCCCACAUGUGCCACCUUUGCCUGAGAACUUUCCGCACCGUUACCCUCCUGCGGAAUCACAUCAAUACCCACACAGGAACCAGACCCUAUAAAUGUGAUGACUGCGACAUGGCUUUUGUCACCAGUGGAGAACUCGUCCGACACAGGCGUUACAAACAUACUCACGAGAAGCCCUUUAAGUGCUCCCUGUGCAAGUACGCUAGUGUAGAGGCAAGUAAACUGAAGCGCCACGUACGUUCGCACACAGGAGAGUGCCCCUUUCAGUGCCACCUCUGCAGCUACGCCAGCAAAGACAGCUACAAGCUGAAGCGGCACAUGCGGAUACACUCAGGUGAGAAGCCGUACGAAUGUCACAUCUGCCAUGCCCGAUUCACCCAGAGUGGGACCAUGAAAAUACAUGUUCUGCAGAAGCAUAGUGAGAACGUCCCCAAACACCAGUGCCCUCAUUGUGCCACCAUCAUUGCGAGGAAAAGUGACCUGCGUGUCCAUUUGCACAACUUACACACCUACAGAGCUGCAGAGAUGAAGUGCCGCUACUGUUCUGCUGUCUUCCAUGAACGCUAUCCCCUCAUUCAGCACCAGAGAACUCACAAAAAUGAGAAAAGAUUCAAGUGCGAACACUGCAAUUACGCGUGCAAGGAGGAACGUCAUAUGACCGUUCAUGUACGUAUCCACACUGGAGAGAAACCAUUUGUCUGUCCUUCCUGUGAUAAAUGUUUUCGACAGAAGCAACUUCUAAACGCUCACUUCAAGAAACACCAUGAUUCAAAUUUCAUCCCGACUGUUUACAAAUGUCCUAAGUGUGGCAAAGGCUUUUCCCGUUGGAGUUACGUGCACAGACAUUCAGAGAAGUGUGACCUGGGGCAAGAGAAGCCAGCCACCUCUGGAAAAGGACAGAGAAUGAAAAGGAGAAGGCAGCCGGCCACACCAGAGGAGGAAAAGGAAGCUGCCUUCUCCAUCCCAGACCCCUGGUGCCUGCCUCGGAGCAGGGGCCUGGCCGACCCGUCACUCGCAGACGGACCCCGUUGCAGUGGCUCCUUCCCGUCCUGCCUCUUCCCACUGCCAGCUGGCGUUCCCACCACCCUCGCCAGCUUCCAGAGCCUUCUAUGUCAGGCCUCCUGGAUGAGCAGGCUGGCCCCCAUCCACGCCCACACCUGCAUCCACACCACCACCCACAUCCACCUGCACCCACACCUGCGUCCACACCCACCUGCGCCCAUGCCUGUGUCCACAUUUGCGCUUUACACCUGCAUUCACACCACCACCCACAUCCACCUGCACCCAUGCCUGUGUCCACAUCUGCCUGCACCCACGCCCAUGUCCACACUUGCGCUCACACCUACAUCCACACCGCCACCUGUGCCCACACCACCACCCAUCCACACCGCCACCUGUGCCCACACCACCACCCGUCCACACCACCACCUGUGCCCACACCACCAGCCACCCACACCUUCGUCCACACCUGGGCCCACAAUCAGGCCCAUACCCUCUCCUAAGGCUUCCAUUGCUUUCCAUGGCACAUCACUGGUGACCUGGCACUCCCUCUCCUGCCCACCUCUGAAGCCAGGCCAGGCCAGGCCAGCCCUUUCCUUGCCUGCGAUUCCCGAUGACUCCUGUGCACCAGCAGGUCCCCAGAUCUCAGCUCUGACCACCAUCCCCCAGUUAGUCCCACCUCAUAGGCGCUGGCAGGACCACGCCUGUGCACCUGCCUCCCUCUCCAAUGCUGCUGCUGAGGAGGCUUCCCUCCUGAAAGAAGGACAGUCCCCAGGUGAGACGGUUCCUGUUAGCUACGAAGAAGUCACAGCCGAAAGCAUGGACCUGGCUGGAGACCCGACCUGCGAGGUGAUCCUCAACCUGAUGGAUAAGUGA